AUGCGAGCAGCACCACUUUGCGGGCGCCGCGUUCGUCGCCUCCUGCUGCUGCUGCUCUUCCUGCUGCUCCUCCUCUUCCUGCUGCUCCUCCUCGUAUUCCUGCUGCUCCUCCUCUUCCUCCGCCUCCUCCCCGAGGCCAUUUGGCUCAAGGGCCUGUCCGGCCCAAGAGCGCUGCCCAUGGACAAGUUGCCCGUCUCCAAGCUCAAGGCCUUUGCCAAGCAGCACGACGUGAGUCUCGACGGGUGUCUCGAGAAGUCUCACAUCGUGGAUGCUCUGGAGCGGGCGGGCGUGCAGGAGGAUGGCACGAAGCAGGACAACCUGGACGAUGCCAUGAACGCCAAGGCCGCUGGCGACGGCAGCAGUGCAGACGGCGGCGUGCCGAAGGACGGCGGCGAGCGCGGUGAAUUCGAGAGCAAGGUGAUGCUUUGCGAGAAGGACGGAUCGCUCAAGACAGACGACCUGCUCAAGCUCAAGACGUCAGUCGGCUGCAGCUGCGACGACGAAGCCUGGUGCUGCGAGUUCGAGGCGCUGGUGGUGGACCAGGGGGUGCUGCCACAAGACGGACUGAGCAUCGCGGCCGUGAUGGCCCUGGCCAGCACCACCAAGGAGAGGCUGCAGAAGAAGCUGGAGCUCGAGAAGACGCUACUGGACCCUCUCUUCGGAGGAGCGGGCGCGCCGCCGCCGAAAAGGGCGAAGGUGGAGCCCACGCUGGCACCAGCCGGGAAGGCCGGAAUGCCUGGCGUGGGCAUGGGCGCCAUCCGGCCACCGCCCUUCUUCGACCCCCGGCAGGCUCUGCCGUCCAAGGUGUUCGUGAAGAAGGAUGCUGUCAAGUGCGACGCCUGCGACAAGAGGCCACCUGAUGCUGCCACUGUGCACUGCGUGAAUUGCAAGGUCUUCCUGUGCGACAAGUGCAACGAGGAGAACCACCCCACCAAGUUGCUCAAGGGCCAUAUACGGGUCCCCGCCGACAGCGUCGCCGAAGGGGCUUCGCAGCCGGCGGUGACCGCGAGCACAGCCCAGCCAGCCGCCGCCGCGGCCACCCCAGCCGCGGCCGCCGCCACCGGCUUCGCCUCGAUGUCGGGCGCGAAGUUGAAGAAGCUGGCGCAGUACCACGGUGUCAAGACUGCUGGCUGCUUCGAGAAAGAGGACUUCAUAGCUGCCUUGAGGGCUGCCAACAUCCCGGAAGAAGGCGCGGAGCCUAAGCCCGCCGCGCCGAAGUUGGUCAUACCGCCGGUGAAGCCAGACGCGGCGAAGGCUGUGCCCGGAGUGCCCCUCAAGCCGGAUGGCACCCCGGUGGACCCCGAGACGGCCAAGCGAAUGCAGGCGGAGGCCAAGGCAAGGCAUGAGAGAUGGGAGCAGAAGAAAAAGGAGGAGCAGGCCAAGGUGCAGGAGUCCCGGGCGAUGUACGAGCAGGUGAAGUCUGACUUCCCCAUCGGUAGCAUGUGGGAUCUCAUGGCCGGCAUUGCGCUGUGGAGAAAUGAUUUUGGAUGGGACCGCCUAUUUUUCAUCAACGCGAGCAAGGUCAACGGGUGGCCCAACACCAUCGAGGUAGUGCAGCAUGGCACCCAGAGGAUGAAGGUCAGAGGGAUGCAGUUUGACCAGAAAACCCACUUGCUGAAGGGAAUCCCUUGGCAGACCGGCUGGCUGGACAUCGCUUCCAUAGUGGACAGGGCCACCGGCCAGCUGAUGCUGAAGAAAGCGAAGCUUUCCGCUGAGCAGGCCAACGAGCGGGACGAAAAGGCUGCUAAGGAGGCCGCAUUGGGGAGAAUGGCCGGAGAAAGAGCGGUGCCGAUGGCCAUGGCGGAGCCAGCGGUGAUCAAGCCGCCGACGCCGGAGCCGGAGCCGGUCUCCUCCGAAACCGCGUCCCAGCGCUGGGGAAGGUUCAACAAGCCAGCCGCGCCAGAGCCGGCGGCGGUGCCGCAGCCGGCGCCGAAGCAGGAGGAGAAGAGCCAGGAGCCCCAGCUCUUCGGCGGCAUUGGCGAGUCCGAGUAUUAA